AUGGACCCCCAGCGACCGGAUGACAACAACUACGACCCCCCAUACACCGGAUUCACCGACACCGACUACAGCGUGGAUCAGAUAGCUGCCUCGUUUCCUAUGUUUCCGGGCAAUAUCUAUUCACCCUUGUAUGGUGACUUGACUGGGGGUGUAGGUGACCCUGUGCUGUCGGCUAGACUGCCCACCGACGCUUUGCAGAAUGCCCAGUUCCAACAUGCGACCACUACCACUGCCACUGCCACUGCCUUGCAGUCGCCAGUCCCAGAGCACCAGGGAUACUACAGCAAUCGCCGCGCCGAAGAUUCAGUCCAGCCUUGCUGGACUGACGCUCUCGGUUCUCUUGGUCCACCCCUGCAGGAACGCGUGGACUCGGCGUCAAACGGCCCAAACGCUGCCAUUGCCAAUGCCCACGCCCGGCUGUAUGACGCUGGACUGCAUGCAAAUCGCAGGCAGACUGCCCCUCAGACCGGCCAGACCUCAAGGUUCGAUUUGCCACUCCGCAGCCUCUGCUGGCCGUUCAACAGGCCGUCCUGCUGA